CCGCCGCCGCCGCUGCCGCCGCACGCCGCCGACCGGCAGCCCCUCUUCCAGAGGGGCUCCAGCAGCGGCGGCAGCCGGCGGGGCUCGGGGUCGAGCUCGGGCUCGGCCAUGACGGCGGCGGAGCUGUACGGGGCGGCGGCGACGGGCGGCGGGGCGGGGGGCGGCGGGGCGGCGGCGGGGGCGCUGCUGGGGCCCGCCGGGGCGGGGGGAGGGCGGCGCUGGGGCUUCCAGGCGCUGUCCCUGGUGCUGCUGCUGGGGCAGGGAGCGCUGCUGGACCUCUACCUGAUCGCAGUCACCGACCUGUAUUGGUGCAGCUGGAUCGCCACCGACCUGGUGCUGGCGGCCGGCUGGGGCAUCUUCUUCUGCCGCAACAGCCGGGCGCGCCGCCGGGAACGGCCCCCGCCGCCCCCCGGGCCGCCGCCGCCGCACCCGCUGCUGCUGCACGGCCCCCCCGGCGGCCGCGGGGCCGGGGGCCGCGGGGCUGGGGUCCCCCCUCGCGGCGGCGACUUCGCCUACGCGCACCUCGCCUGGCUCAUCUACUCCAUCGCCUUCACGCCCAAGGCGGCGCUGAUCCUGGGCACCUCCAUCCUGGAGCUGAUCGAGCUGCGCCUGCCGCUGGGCACCACAGGCUUCCGCAUCACCCUGGCGCUCUCCGCGCCGCUGCUGUACUGCCUGCUGCGGGCCAUCGGCACCGAGGGCGCCGGGCAGCUGCUCCUGCCGCCGCAGCCGCCGCCGCAGCACCGCGCCGCCGCCGCCUUCCUCGCCACCUGCCUCGACCUGCUCGACAGCUUCUCCCUGCUGGAACUGGUGCUGCAGCCCGGGCGGCCGGCGCCGCUGCCCGCCCCGCUGCGCUACCUGCUCAUCGCCGUCUACUUCCUCUGCCUGGCCUCGCCGGUGCUGUGGCUGUACGAGCUGAGCGCCGCCCGCCCGCCCGGCGCCGCCCGCCUCGCCCUGCACCUCCUGCUGCCCGCCGGGCUGCUGGACGCGCCGCUGCUGGCGCUGCGCUGCCUCCUGCUCCUGCGCUACCAGCAGCCGCUGUCCCUCUUCAUGCUGAAGAACCUCUUCUUCCUGACCUGCCGCGGCCUGGAGGCGCUGGAGACCUGCUGCCUCCUCCGCCCCGCCGCCGCCCCGCCGCCCGCCAAGUACGGCCCGGCCGCCGCCGCCCCCACCGCCGCCCCGCUGGCCCACGGGCUCUCCGACGUGGACGUGGGUCCCCACGGGUACGUGAACGCCUUGGCGGUCACCGCCCAGGGCUGA